CGCCGGCCUGGGAGUGUGAGACACCGGGAGGCGGCGGGGCACGCGGCGCGCAGGUUGGCGCGCGGGUCUCCCGGGCGGGCGGGGGCGGGGUGGGCGCCGACGCCCCUCGGCUAAAGCACCCGGCACCUGGUCCGCAGGAAGUGAGCGCUGAUUGACAGCCGCCUUGUCCCCAAAAGGCUCUGCGAAGAUGCUGGUCUUCGGGUGUGUGUAGUCGCGCGAGAGGCGCGCCCGGUGCCCGCUGCCCUCGGCGCUCGCAGCCCCCCGCCGCCUGCCCGGCUGCUGAGGAGCGGGGCUCAGGCCCCCUGCCCCUCGCCGGCGCGCCAGCCCCGCGGCCCCGGCCGGCCCGUGCCCUCGCAGCCGCGCUCGGGCCGGCGGGCGCUCGCCGCGGCUCACCAUGCACUGCCACGCCGAGCUGAGGUUGAGUUCGCCCGGCCAGCUGAAGGCAGCCAGGCGGCGCUACAAGACUUUCAUGAUCGACGAGAUCCUGUCCAAGGAGACCUGCGACUACUUUGAGAAACUCUCGCUCUACUCCGUGUGCCCGUCGCUGGUCGUGCGCCCCAAGCCCCUGCACUCCUGUCCGGGCUCCCCUUCCCUUCGGGCAUACCCUCUCCUCUCGGUGAUCACCCGACAGCCCACGGUCGUCUCCCACCUGAUCCCUGCCACCCCUGGAAUCGCCCAGGCGCUGUCCCGCCGCCCAGCCGCCGAGGCUGCGUGUGCCGAGGCCCCGGGGGGCGAGGCUCUGGCCAGCAGCGAGUCGGAGACGGAGCAGCCCACGCCGCGGCAGAAGAAGCCCCGCCGCAGCCGCACCAUCUUCACGGAGCUGCAGCUCAUGGGCCUCGAGAAGAAAUUCCAGAAGCAGAAGUACUUGUCCACCCCAGACAGGUUGGACCUGGCACAGUCUCUGGGACUCACUCAGCUGCAGGUGAAGACUUGGUAUCAAAAUCGCAGGAUGAAAUGGAAGAAAAUGGUUCUUAAAGGUGGACAGGAAGCCCCCACAAAACCUAAAGGUCGUCCCAAGAAGAACUCCAUCCCCACGUCGGAAGAAAUUGAGGCUGAGGAGAAGCUAAACAGCCAGGCCCAGAGCCAGGAGCCUGUGGAGCCCUCGCAGGCACAGGAGGAGCCCUGCGAGGCGCGGGAACCCGAAGCCUGCAGUGUCCCCUUGGAGGUGGCAGAGCGGCCAGGCCAGCCCCAGGAGGUGCCAGUAGUCUCUUUGGAACCCCCAUCGUUAAGCUAAAAGAAAAGUCUUAGGGGGCAGGGGGAGACAGGGAAGAAGGGAAAGGCGAGAGGGCAGGGAGAACAGGGAGAGAAAAGCUUCCAGCGGCCUGGGGAGCUGGGAAGGAACAGGUGCACCUUUCUCCCCGCCUCCCUCCCUCUCGAAGUCCUCUGGUGUCGUCAGUGCAAGCGUUUGAAGGAGACUCGCUGGCCUUGGGCCACUUUCUUCCUGAAAGGCAGCCUUAGCCACGAUGCCCUCGAUGAAGGGGGACAGCACCUUGCGGCUGCCUGCCCUGGGCAGGGGCAACUGCUGUGGGCCCGGGAAGCCCCUCCUGGCACGCAGGGGACAGCUGCUGUCCUCCCCCUGCUGGCCCCUGGGCAGCCAUCAAGGCAGAGAGGGUUGUGAGCCCUUGGGCAGUGGCCCAGGCUCCUUGCUGACUCAGCACUUACUUCUGUAGUUUUAAAAGAGAAUGUAAUGAUUUGGUUGUUUUUUUUUUUUUUUUCCUGCGUUUUGGGGGUGGGAGGGUUGGGGUGAGUGGGCCAGAAAGAGUUGGGAGCAGGGAAUUUGGAGCUGUUAGCCAUGUUUCUGAAUCACGUUGGUUUGUUUGAAGACACGUGUGCCUUUGUACCCAUUCUAAGACGUUCUUGCUUCAUCCACACAGUUGCCAUCCCUGAGCUGCAAUGCAGAUAUGUUAAGAUAACUUUUAUUUUUUAAUUAAAAAUAAAUCUUUCAAAAGGA